CAUCGAAGACAUUAUUGAUGAAGAAAAGGAUCCUUUUAUUUCAGAGGAAGAAAAAUCGAGGGCAAAAAUGCUUAGAGAACGGAGAGCGGAGCUAGAGUUAAAUGCCAAAAAGGUUCAUGAAGAAGCGCAAAUGGUUGCACAAAAAGUGGCACAAAAGGCUACACAAAAGGUUCAUGAGGAAGUACAACAGGUUUACGACGAAGCACAAAAGGCCAUGGCCAUGGUGGGUGCGAGAGCGUAUUUGCCACCUUCCCUGCCCCUAUUGCCGCCAGCACCACCUUUGAAUCGCCCACCAUCGCUACCGCCGCUAUCGCUACAAAAGACGACUGUUGGUGAAGAUGCUGACGAGAUUCGCCAAGAAAUGAAUAUAGUUCGGCUGGAGAUCGCCACAGUACUAGAGAAAAUUGAUAGGGUUCGGGACAAAGUCGAUAUGAUUCUCCAGACCAAUGCAAAAAUAGCCCGACACGAAGGCGAUGGAGUUCGGAAUGAAGCAGAUAGUGUUAGGGUUGAGGCAGAUGGGGCCCGCAGCCAUGCCGCUGGUGUUCGGGCCAAAGCAUACCGCUUUUGGCGUAGAGCUCAACGCGAAGAUAAUCAAGAGGAAGCAAAAAAGGUUCAUGAGGAAGCACAGCGGGUUUGGAAAGAAGCAAAUGACGCCCGAGUAAAAUCAAAUGAGGUCCGACAAGCAGCAAAUGAAGUCCGACGGCGAGCAUAUUUAUAACUUGACAACACGGUACAGAAAAUCGGCAUUCAUGGAAAAGGGAAGGGCUGAGAUUUAUCAAGGCUCAAAAUUCAUUAUUACUACUGUAUAAAAUAAGACUAUUAGUGCCAAGAAAUGUCGAUCUUAUACUACACAUUUCAUCUGAUAGAACCGAAGAGCCCUAUAUAUCAUGGGCAAUUAGUGAAUUCAUUACCAAUAUCAAACCAGUUAAAAUGGAAUCACUCCUUAUUAGCACAGAAAACAGUGGACGUGUGUCAUCCAUUGCUAAAUAAAUAAUUACUAGAAUC